AUGACAUCCCACAAUGCUCUCGACAGCCCCGACCACUAUGGGGUCGCUUGGAUCGCUGCUCUUCCCAUCGAGCGGGCCGCUGCAAAAGCGAUGCUCGACGAGGAACAUGCGCCUCCAACUGGCUUCGUUAGACACCAAACCGAUGCAAACGUUUAUACAUGGGGUCGGGUGGGUGAGCACAACAUCGUCAUCGCCUCUCUUGCCGCCGGAGUCUAUGGAACUACCUCGGCUGCGACCACGGCCUCGAGCCUACUUGCCUCUCUGCCAUCCAUCCGUGUUGGCCUUUUGGUCGGCAUAGGCGGCGGCAUCGCCCGACCGGACGAAGAUUACGAUAUACGGCUCGGCGACGUUGUCGUGAGCCAGCCCGACGGGACCACAGGCGGCGUCUGCCAGUACGACUUGAUCAAGGCCAAGUCUGGUGACAGGCGUGAGCGCAAAGGCUUUCUCAGACCACCUCCGACCGUCCUCCUUAAUGCGCUUGCCAGCAUCCAGGCCGAUCACGAGUCGACGUACUCCAAGGUUCCCAACUUCCUUCAACAGAUGCUAAAGAAGAACCCGAAAAUGAACAGGAGAUCCAAGCAAAAUCCUGGCUAUAUUCACCAGGGCACCGACAACGACCGGCUCUUCCAAUCUUCAUGCGACCACGUCCCCGGGCCGGACUGUCGGAGUUGUGACACGGCUGACGAGGUUGAACGCGAUGCUCGAGACACCACCGACCCCGAGAUCCACUACGGGACUAUCGCAUCCGGCAACUCGCUUGUUAAAGACGCCGCUACGCGUGAUCGGAUUGUUGCCGACAUCGGCGAGGACUGCAUCUGCUUUGAGAUGGAAGCAGCCGGCCUGAUGAACCACUUUCCCUGUCUUGUGAUCCGAGGGAUCUGCGACUACGCCGAUUCCCACAAGAACGAUCGAUGGCAACGCUAUGCCUCGGCCACCGCCGCUGCGUAUACCAAGGAGCUCCUAGCGUACGUGCCGGUCCAGGAGGUCCAGGAGACCAAGAGGGCACUGGACGUGCUUAAUCAAAAACUCGAUAGUGUGCAGCAGACCACUGAUUCCAUCCAGGCCGACCUUCGUACCGAGAAGAUCGAGCGCUGGCUUCGACCCCCUGAUCCGUCUACAAACGCCAACCACGCGAGGGAGCUCCGCCAUGAGGGGACAGGUGCGUGGCUCCUAAAAAAUCCGGUCUUCCAGGAAUGGCACUCGGGGGCGCGUCGAUAUUUAUGGCUGCAUGGGCUCGCGGGAUGUGGAAAGACGGUUCUCAGUGCGACUGUGCUAGAUCAUCUCGUAAAGGGAAACGACCGUCGUAUCCUCAGCUUCUUCUUUGACUUCAGCGACACGGCAAAGCAGACCGUGGAUGCCAUGCUGCGGUCACUUGCUUUCCAACUCUACCGAGGCAGGGCUCGUUCUGCAGGUGUACUUAACGCCUCAUUCCAAGCACACCAGGAUGGCCGCAACCAACUUGCAACGAAGACGCUCUCAGAUGUUUUAUUCAAGAUGCUCGCAGUCCAGAAGAAAGUCUCUAUCGUUCUGGAUGCCUUAGACGAGUCGAGAACGAGGGCCGACCUACUCCUCUGGAUUAAGGACGUAGUGUCCAGGCCAGAGCUGGGCCACGUCCAGCUGAUCUGUACCGGUCGGCCUGAAGCCGAGUUCCUGCGCGACAUCCCCUCGUUGAUAGGCGAGGGAAACAGCUUAGAAUUUAACAAGCAGGCUGUCAACGCCGACAUCCAAUCAUAUGUCGCAGCACAGCUUUCGCAACGACGCGAAUUUCGGGACAAGCCCUUGUCGCAAGAUCUCCUUCUGCUGAUUCAGACUAUUGAGGAGGCUCUCGCAUCUUUGCCGCGGACCCUGGAAGACACGUACCGACGCAUGAUUGAAUGCAUACCGAUGGAGCUUAAAAACGACGCGAUGCGGCUCCUGCAGUUUCUAGUGCAUUCGACGCGACCUCUCAAGCUGGCCGAGGCCAAAGAAGUAAUAGCAACGCAGAUCGAAAACGAGCCGCGAGGGUUUGACGUCAAGCGUCGACUGUUUUGCGAUACUGAUGUUUUGGACUACUGUCCUAGCUUAGUGACAGUCGUUCACGCCGCCGGCAAAGAGCUACAUCUUGCCCACUUUUCUGUCAAAGAGUACCUUCUCAGAGACGAGCGGUUCAACAUUGCGAUUGCUAGCAUUCCCAUUGCGAGGACGUGCUUGACUUAUCUUACGGACAUAAACGGUAACCGCGAAGAGAUUAAGCGGGAUUUUCCAAUGGCAAGAUUUGCGGCGGAAGUCUGGACAUACUAUGCCACGUUCGCUCAGGCUUCGGAAAAUAUGGUUCAAGCAACUGUUAGGUUCCUAGAAGAGGAAGUGACAUUUCAGCGGUGGGCUCGUUUGUAUCAGUCUGAUAGGGCCUGGGACGAUGACCCAGGUCCUCCACAAAGUUCCAGGCUCUAUUAUGCUUGCUUCGCUGGGCUCGUAACACCUGCGCAAAUUCUUAUCAGCAAAGGAGCGGACGUCAACGCGCAGGGCGGCGAAUAUGGCAACGCUCUCCAAGCCGCCUCAUCGGAAGGCCAUCAAAAGAUUGUCAAACUACUGUUGGACAAGGGAGCGGACGUCAACGCGCAGGGCGGCCUUCUACGGCAACGCUCUCCUAAGCCGCCUCAUCGGAAGGCCCAUCAAGAGAUUGUCAAACUACUGUUGGACAAGGGAGCGGACGUCAACGCGCAGGGCGGCUUCUACGGUAACGCUCUUCAGACCGCCUCAUCGGAAGGCCAUCAAGAGAUUGUCAAACUGCUGUUGGACAAGGAAGCGGACGUCAACGCGCAGGACGGCGAAUACAGCAACGCUCUCCAGGCUGCCUCAUUGAGAGGCCAUCAAGAGAUUGUCAAACUACUGUUGGACAAGGGAGCGGACGUCAACGCGCAGGGCGGCGAAUAUGGCAACGCCCUCCAAGCCGCCUCAUCAGGAGGCCAUCAAGAGAUUGUCAAACUACUGUUGGACAAGGGAGCGGACGUCAACGCGCAGGGCGGCUUCUACGGCAACGCUCUCCAAGCCGCCUCAUUGAGAGGCCAUCAAGAGAUUGUCAAACUACUGUUGGACAAGGGAGCGGACGUCAACGCGCAGGGCGGCUUCUACGGUAACGCUCUCCAGACCGCCUCAUCGGAAGGCCAUCAAGAGAUUGUCAAACUGCUGUUGGACAAGGGAGCGGACGUCAACGCGCAGGACGGCUUCUACGGCAACGCUCUCCAGGCCGCCUCAUUGAGAGGCCAUCAAGAGAUUGUAAAACUGCUGUUGGACAAGGGAGCGGACGUCAACGCGCAGGACGGCGAAUACAGCAACGCUCUCCAGGCUGCCUCAUCGAGAGGCCAUCAAGAGAUUGUCAAACUGUUUGAAAAAAGGGGCGGAAAUACAAAGCUGAGGUCAAUAGGACCACACAUGACACUCCAGGUGGGGAACGACGGCGGCGUUGGGGCGAACGUCGAGAGCAUCGAUCCUCAGGAGCAUUACGAAGCCUUCCUGGAUGCCCUAUCCGUGGUCCGACGUAGCGAAAUAAAGGAUAUGAAGAGGCGAGGGCAGUUGACCCAAGCCAGGACGACAACACUGCUGCCCAGCGUGGUCGCCAUUUCUAUACCAUGCUACAGGACCUCCAAGAUUCGCCUUUCCGUGGCAUGGGAUUCCCAGCCGCGAGGAGAUCGACGCGGUAUUGAAGGUCCUGAAGAAAGAGGACAGCAGCGUGACGGCGAAGAUCCAGGGGACCUCGCCAUUCCCGGGCUCCCCAAUGGCACCAUUUUAAUCAAGAGCAAGACGGUCGCCAUCCCGAGCCAAAUGCGGGGCAAAGAAGGCAGAUGGAGGUGCAAGCCGGGUUUCAGGUGGGUUACCCACAGAACCGGGCCUCUCUGCACCCCGGCCUUCGCCAUGACAGAUCAGAAGAGCCAAGGCAAACAGUUCUCGGAUGUGCUCGUCAACCUCAAAGGCGUCCAUUCGAGCGGCACGGCGACGCGGCCCAGCUUCAUGAGCCUUGACUUCAUCGAGCCCAAGGAUGUGCUUGACAAAGACAUGAGAAACGCUAUCGUCAAGCUGGAACAACGGGGCAAGGAGACCAGACAGCGGUUCGAGGAAGACCACAAGCACGAGUCGUGGCUUCGAGAAUGGGAUGCCAUGCCUGAAUCUGGCCAGGGCACUGAAACCGCCGACGAAGAGGACGCGCCCCUCUGGACCGAGACGGAAAUCUAA